AUGCCCACGGUGCUGGGCUUUGAAGGCAGCGCCAACAAGAUCGGCGUGGGAGUGGUGCGCGAUGGCGCGGUGCUGGCAAACCCGCGGCGCACGUACGUCACGCCCGCGGGCACCGGAUUUCUUCCAGGUGAUACUGCCAGGCAUCACCGAGCUGUUGUCCUGGACUUGCUGCAGGAGGCACUGACAGAGGCUGGCUUAACCUCCCAGGAUAUUGACUGCAUUGCCUACACCAAAGGCCCUGGCAUGGGUGCCCCACUGGUUUCUGUGGCUGUUGUGGCCCGUACCGUGGCCCAGCUGUGGAAUAAGCCGCUGCUAGGAGUGAACCACUGUAUAGGGCACAUCGAAAUGGGCCGCCUCGUCACUGGGGCCACCAGCCCCACUGUGCUGUAUGUCAGUGGAGGAAAUACACAGGUGAUUGCAUAUUCAGAACAUCGUUACCGCAUCUUUGGGGAAACCAUCGAUAUUGCUGUGGGUAAUUGUCUGGAUCGUUUUGCUCGAGUGCUGAAGAUUUCCAAUGACCCAAGUCCAGGCUACAACAUUGAACAGAUGGCAAAGCGAGGCAAGAAGCUAGUUGAACUGCCAUACACGGUAAAAGGAAUGGACGUCUCAUUCUCAGGGAUCCUGUCCUUCAUUGAGGAUGUAGCCCAGCGGAUGUUGGCCACAGGAGAGUGUACUCCUGAGGAUCUGUGUUUCUCCCUGCAGGAAACUGUGUUUGCAAUGCUGAUAGAGAUCACAGAGCGGGCCAUGGCACACUGUGGCUCCCAGGAGGCCCUCGUCGUGGGAGGUGUGGGGUGUAACAUGAGGCUACAGGAAAUGAUGGAGACAAUGUGCCGGGAACGUGGAGCCCGGCUUUUUGCCACAGAUGAGAGAUUCUGCAUUGACAAUGGAGCCAUGAUAGCCCAGGCUGGCUGGGAGAUGUUUCAGGCAGGGCACAGGACUCCCCUCAGUGAAUCUGGGGUCACGCAGAGGUUUCGGACAGAUGAAGUAGAAGUCACCUGGAGGGACUGA